AUGGCACUAAGGCUGGACAACGUCAAAAAAAUUGUUCCUUGGUCACUUAAACAUGUGGUACUAAUUAGGGAAGUUGGAGCCCACACAGUCGGCCUAGCACGCUGCACAAACUUCCGGGAUCACAUCUACAACGACACAAACAUUGAUGCUGGCUUCGCCAGGAGCCGCCAGACAGGCUGCCCUCGCGCUACCAGCUCAGGGGACAACAACCUGGCGCCGCUAGACCUCCAGACCCCGACUGUCUUCGAGAACGACUACUACAAAAACCUCGUUCAGAAGAGGGGCCUCCUGCACUCAGACCAGGAGCUCUUCAACGGUGGUGGUGCCGACGCGCUAGUCCGGGAGUAUGUCGGUAGCCAGAGCGCCUUCUUCAAGGACUUUGUGGAGGGAAUGAUUAAGAUGGGGGACAUCACGCCGCUGACGGGAUCCAACGGGCAGAUCAGGAUGAACUGCAGGAGGAUCAACUAAUUAUAAGAUUGUUCUCCACAUUUCGCAGCAACAAUCCGAUGUUGUUACCAUGCUUGAAUUCAUGAUGAUUUGCCCCUUUUCACUUAAACUCCUUUGUUUCCUAUUCUUUUAAGGAUAAAAGGUUAAAAUAUAUUACAAUACUGCCCUUUUGUGUCA